UGACAGGGACGGCCCUGGAAAACACCUUUCAAAAAAUAAGCAAUAGGAGGAGUUACGAGACCUGGCUCAGGGCUGUUUUGACUCACGUGCGGGGCACAUUUCCAAGCAUCAUGAAGGCGGAGAAGGAUGCUGAAGAUGAAGGCGGUGUCUUUAGAGAUGCAAGCUAAGUGUGGCCCAGCAGAGGAUUGUUGAGCAGGACAAGCUGGAUGGAGAGGGUCUGAGUCACUCCCUGGGAGUUGGUCUGCGGGCUGGCUUUGUUCGCUGCAGAGAUUCGUAAGCUACUGCGAAGUAGUUUGCUGUUAGCAACAAGCAAGGAAACGGUCUGUGAUGAAGUGUUGGCUUUCUUGUGCUCCUGCUCAAAAGAGACAUGCGCCAGACUGGAGUAAAUACGAUGACCGGUUGAUGAAAGCAGCAGAAAGGGGGGAUGUAGACAAAGUGUCUUCAAUCCUUGCUAAGAAGGGGGUCAAUCCAGGCAAACUAGACGUUGAAGGCAGAUCUGCCUUCCACGUGGUGGCUUCCAAAGGGAGGCUUGAAUGUUUGAACGCCAUCCUUCUACAUGGAGUUGAUAUCACAACUAGUGACACAGCAGGGAGAAAUGCUCUUCAUCUGGCUGCAAAAUAUGGACAUGCAUUGUGCCUACAAAAACUUCUACAGUACAAUUGCCCGACUGAACACGCAGACCUACAGGGGAGAACCGCACUUCAUGAUGCAGCUAUGGCCGAUUGUGCUUCCAGCAUCCAGCUGCUGUGUGACCAUGGGGCCUCUGUCAAUGCCAGAGACGUAGAUGGGCGGACACCACUGGUCCUGGCUACUCAGAUGUGUCGGCCAACAAUAUGUCAACUGCUGAUAGACAGAGGAGCAGAUCUUAAUUCCAGAGACAAACAAAACAGAACGGCUCUGAUGCUUGGUUGUGAGUAUGGCUGCAAAGAUGCCGUCGAAGUCUUGAUUAAAAAUGGUGCUGAUGUGAGCUUGCUGGACUCCCUGGGACACGACAGCCCUUACUAUGCAAGAAUCGGCGACAAUCUGGACAUUCUCACCUUGCUGAAGGCUGCAUCAGAAAAUACCAGCAAAGGAAGAGAGCUUUGGAUGAAAGGACCAGCUGUGCAACAGUGGCAUUUGACGCAUAUGCAAGAAGAAGUCAACACAAAGUCACAUCAGAGGGAGCACCAGACCGUGCAGGACCUGGAGAUGGAAAAUGAAGAUCUGAAAGAGAGGCUGAGAAAAAUCCAACAGGAACAAAGAAUACUGGUGGACAAAGUCAACAGCUUACAGCUCCAGCUAAACGAGGAAGUCAUGGUUGCUGACGAUCUGGAAAGUGAGAAGGAAAAGCUGAAGUCGCUCUUGGCAACAAAAGAAAAGCAACAUGAAGAAAGCUUACGCGCGAUUGAAGCUCUGAAAAACAGACUUAAAUACUUUGAGAGUGAUCAUUUCGCAUCAGGAAGUCACUUCAGUAGCCGUAAAGAAGAGGCACUGCUGAAACAAGGUCAAGUAUACGUGGCGGACUCACAGUGCCCUCCCACAGGGCUGCCGGCCCCUGGGCAGAGCAGGUCGAUGUGGAGGCCGCUGGAGUUCUCCCUACCCACACAGACCUCCUACUCGGAGAGUGAACUCUUAAAGAAGGAGCUGGACGCUAUGCGAGCCUUCUGUGAGUCCGCCAAACAAGACAGGCUCCAGCUCCAAAACGAACUGGCGCACAAGGCGGCCGAGUGCCAGGCCUUAGCGCUGGAGUGUGACCGGGUCAAGGAGGACUCGGACGAGCAGAUCAGGCAGCUGGAGGACGCCUUGAAGGAUGUGCAGAAGCGCAUGCUUGAGUCCGAAGGCAAAGUGAAGCAGAUGCAGACCCAUUUCCUCGCCCUCAAAGCGCACCUCGCCGGGGAGGCGGCGACGGGCAGUGCCAGGCUGGCCGAGGAGCUGCAGGAUCAGCUGAAAGACAUGAAAGCGAAAUACGAAGGUGCGUCCGCGGAAGUGGGCAAGUUACGGAACCAAAUGAAGCAAGACGAGCUGCUGGUGGAGGAGCUGAAGAGGGCAGAAGGCAAGCUGAGGGAGGCACACCGGCUGCUGCAGAAGGAGCACGGUCUAUCUGAAGGGGAGCGAGAGACGAAGGGCAGGAAGGUCACCGAGCUGGAAGGGCAGCUCGAAGAACUGGCAGCCCAGCUCGCCCUCUCGGUGCCGACGGAAAGGUUCGAAAGCAUGAAGAGCGUGUUGGCGAAGGAAGUGAACGAGAAAGCCAAGAAACUAGCAGAGCUGGAAAGAGACUCGGAGAAAGCCCGCAGCGACGUUCGGCAACUGAAGAGAGAGCGCGAGACCCUGAAGGCCCAGCUGGCUCAGCAGGUGACGCCCGCGGAGCACGAGGCGGUCAAGAGCAGGCUAGAGCAGAGGUCGGGGGAGCUGGGGAAGAGGGUCGCCGACUUGACCUUGAACAACCAGACCCUGCAGAAGGAACUGGAGAAGGCGCUGCUGGACAAGAAGCUGCUGGGCCAGCAAGUGCACAACUUAAGCCUGGAAAUGAAAAGCCACUACGUGCCUUUACAAGCCAGCGAGGACAUGCAGAAGUCGCACGGCGCCCUGGUCGACAAUUUGAACAGCAGGCUGUCGCAGGUAACACAGCAAUAUUCUGACAAGAAGCUGGAGACGGAGAAGUUGCUGGUGGAGAACCAGCGUCUCGCUAAGCAGGUCAGCCGCCUGGAGUCCGCGUGCAUUCCGCCCGAGAUACACGAAAAGGAGACGGCGGCUCUGAAAUCCACUGUCGCCGAACUCGAGAAGCAGCUCGCGGGGCUCCAUCAGAAACGCGGGGAAGACCGAGAGCAAGUGCGCGCGCUCGCGUCCGAGAACGCAAACUUGAAGAAGACCUUCAGCCAUCAGUACUUGCCGGUGAAAACCCACGAGGAGGUCAAAGCCGCCCUGAGCAGCACGCUGGACAAGACGAACCGCGAGUUGUCAGACGCCAAGAAAAGACUGGAAGACAAGACGCAGGACUGCCUGCAGGUCAAGCGCGAGAACGAGGCACUGCGGCGCGACCUAGACAGCGCGCAGCAGCGGAUGUGCACCGAGUACAUUAGCCUGCAAGCGCACGAGGAGAAGCUGCGGGCCAGCUCCCAGGCGGGCCAAGAAGAGAUCGCGAGGCUGCACGCGGAAAUAGGAGCCCAGAGGAAGGAGCUGGACACCAUCCAGGAGUGCAUUAAGCAAAAGUACGCUCCGAUGGCCAGCCUCGAAGAGAGCGAGAGGAGGCGGAAGGCCGUGGAGAAGGAGCUGAAGGAGCGGCUGUCGGAGCAGACCCGGAGGAAGAGUGUCCAGGAAGAGGAGGCCAAGCAAAGCAAGCAGGAGCUUGACAAGCUGCAGAAGGAGCUCGUCUCCCUGCAGAAAGACCUGCAGGAGAAGGCCGCCCUCCUUGAGAAUGCUCAGGAGCUGGCGAGAUCGUCCAGCAGGAAAGCCGACGAGCUGGACAAAGAGCUGCAGGACCUGUCACGGAAGCACGCCGAGGUGAAGCAGCAGAAGGAGAAGCUCGCCGAGGAAACUGCCCAACGGGCGGCCGAGGUCCUCGCAGCACAAACGCUUUUGCAGAAGCAGCCCGUCCCCCUGGAGCAGGUGGAGGCGCUGAAGAGAUCUCUGCAGGGCACCAUUGAGAAGCUGCAGGAAGAGCUGAAGGCGAAGCAAAGGUGUCACGAGUCGGAGCAGCAGACGGUGGCUCAGCUGCAACAGAGGUUGGAGAACCAAAAGAAGUCCUCCGUGCCCCUGGGGGAGCAUCUGCAAAUGAAGGAAGCCCUGGAGAAAGAAGCGGGGCUCCUCCGAGCCAGGCUGAAAGACAAGGAAGCGGAGAGCCAGCACAGGAGCGCAGAGGUCGCCCGACUCCAGUCGGAGGUUCGCAGCACCAAGCAAGCGCUCCAGAAACUAGAGACCAGAGAGGUGGUGGAUCUGUGCAAAUUCAAAACAAUGAAAAGCGACCUGGAGACGCAGAUUUCCAACUUAAAUGAAAAACUGGCCCAGCUGAAUCGGCAGUACGAGGACGCGUGUGAGGAGGUUCUGCAUGCCAAAAAGAAGGAUGUCCCUGCCAACGAGGAGAAGGAGCCGCGCCAUGUUAGCAUCGAGCAAGAAAUCAAAGACCAGAAAGAGCGAUGUGAUAAGUCCCUGACCACGAUCACAGAGCUGCAGAGGAGGAUACAGGAGUCCGCGAAACAAAUUGAAGCGAAAGAUAACAAGAUAACGGAGCUGCUGAACGAUGUAGAAAGACUAAAACAGGCCCUCAACGGCAUUUCACAACUCACCUACCUGAGUGGGAGUCCCGCCAAGAGACAGAGCCAACUGGUUGAGGCUCUGCAGCACCAAGUAAAAUGCCUGCAGCAGCAGCUGGCUGAUGCUGACAGGCAGCACCAAGAAGUAAUUGCCAUCUAUCGGACGCACCUUCUUAGUGCUGCACAGGGUCACAUGGAUGAAGAUGUCCAGGCAGCCUUACUCCAGAUCAUACAGAUGCGGCAGGGGCUGGUUUGCUAGCGGUUCCAGGCGACUUGCCCCAUCUGCCUGUCUGCCGGUGCCGAGUAAUCACUGCGCAACUUCACAGCCCUGUCUGCCGGGCCCUCCUUGUGUGCUCCCCAAAUGAAAAUAAAGUGUGUUUUGUUCCAUCA